UCCCGCCCCUUCCCGGAACUGACAGUGACGUUGCUACGGCAACCGUUUGUUUUCUGGGUGGAAAGUUAAUGUCGGCUGUGUAUCUCAGGAAUUAAACUUCUUUUACCCUCUGAAAUCAUCCAGAAAGUAUAAUGUCUCAGUUAUUAAAAGCACCUCCUAAGUUCCUGCCUUCUGAGUGGAAAUAUGUGAACCACGUGCUCUUCAGGAGCGCGGAGGCCGAGCAAGAAAGCUCGGAGAGACUCACGGCUGAGUGUAAGAGGCUGAUCGAGGAGACCGAGAAGUCGGUGAGACGCAUGCAGCAGGAGGCCAAAAACCAGCUGGAGCAGAGAAUCAAAGAUGUUAAGUUCUGGAGGCAGGAGUUGGAGCAGAAACUGCACGAGAUGGUGCAGGAGAUCGAGCUGCUCCUGACCGUUAAGAACCGAGUAGAGAGAUCUCUGGCGAGUUGCUCCGAGCCUCUCCAGGUCACUCUGGACUGUCUGAACGAGAGGCAGAAGCGAGUGGCGAUAGACCUGGUCGAUGAUGAGGUGGAGAAGGAGCUUUUGAAGGAGAAGGACGUGAUCGAAGGAGUGAUGACUCUCCUGCAGCGCACUCUGGAGCAGGUCACCGAGCAGAUCAGACUCAGCCGCUCUGCCAAAUACUACCUGGAGAAAGAUCUGCGUGAUAAAUUUCAGGCCGAACGCAUCGAUGAUUUCUGCUCCCUGCUCAGCAGCACCACGGAGAGCGCUGACUAUCCGUCCGGAGUGGGACAGAACACUGACAUAGGACUUGCCGUAACCCCUGAGGAAUGGGAGACGUUCUCCGACGUGAACAUCACCCAGGCAGAGAAGGAGAGGAGCAGCUCGUCGUCUCUGCGGGCUCUGGUGGAGAACCUGCUGGUGCAGACGGCGGCAGACAUGCGCAGACAGCACGAGACCACCGGCUCAGCCCUGGCGCUGCGCAUACAGGAGACCAGAAACGCUAAGGCCGAGCUGGAAGAUCAGCUGUUCAAGCUGCUCGAGGAAAUCGCGAGCCAGGAACAGAACCUCGACGCUCUGAAAAGGGCCGUGGCGGAUAAAGAACUGCCACUGAAGGUGGCGCAGAUGCGGCUGCAAACGCGCAGUCAGCGGCCCAGAGUGGAGCUGUGCAACGAUCACGCCCACACGAGGUUGCUCUCUGAAGUGCAACAGCUCACGGACCACAUCUCCAGGCUGAAAGAUGGUCUGUCCGAGUCAGAGAUGGCGAUCCGAGCCCUGACCAGAAGCCAACUGCUCCUCGAGGAGGAGAUCCAGAUCAAAUCAAACUCUCUGUACAUAGACGAAGUGAUCUGCACUCAGCUCCGUCAGCCGAUCACCAUUCACGACUUCUGACGGAAUCAUACAAUUGUCUAGAAAAACGAAUGGUUUAAGAUGAGUGCACCGGUCUUGCCCAUGUCUAAAGUAUAAUAAAGUCUUACUGUAGGAUAAAAAUUU